AUGUCCGCCAUCAAGCCACCUUUCACCGCGGAGACAGCCCUUCAGAAGGUCAAGGUUGCGCAACGCCUCUGGAACACGCGUGACCCUCAGCGCGUCUCGCAGGCGUACACGCCGGACACCAUCUGGAGGAACCGCGACCAAUUCAUGAGGGGCAGGGAAGAGGUGAUCCAAUUCCUGGCCAAAAAGUGGGAGAAGGAGAAUGGCUACCGACUCAGGAAGGAGCUAUUCGCCUUUACCGAUAAUAAGAUCGCGGUGCAGUUCUUCUACGAGUGGUUUGAGCUCAAGGCCGACGGCUCUAAACAGUGGUAUAGAUGCUACGGUCUCGAGGAUUGGACGUUUAACGAUGACGGGCUCAUGCGCAAACGUCAGAUGAGCGGGAACGACGUGCCGAUUACUGAAGAAGAGCGCUGGUUCAAGGAGGACGUUGCUGAUGAGGACUCUGUCGAGAUCUAUGAGAAGCAUUUGUAA